GAGAGGUAAAAGGGGGAGGUGAGUGUGCAGAUUCGUAGAAACUAAAAAAGGGGCAGUGCAAACUCGCUCCCUCACUCAGCCGGACCCCACCGGAGUACAGGUGACCCGACAGACACACACCAGACAGGAAGGAGUGCAGGAUCCCGGAGUGGAUCCGUCGCUGUGAAACCGUGGUUGCUGCAGACUUUGUCACCUGCGGCCCAUUCAUUUCUCAUCCUUCACGGGGGGGUUGAACGGUACAGAAAACGGACCCAGUGAUGAAUACUGGAUAAAGAACAGUAACAUAGCAUCCAUUUAAUUACAGCUGCAGCUUUGGACGCAAGACUAAAGCAGUAAAUAGCAAGUAAAUGAUAUUAACUUUAACUACCACCAGAAGAAAUAAGAACAAUCCCUCUCACUUGUGCUUUUUUUAAUAAAGAAAACAAGGGAAUUAAUCAUCCUGCCUUCAGAUGCUGAUGUAUGACAAAUAACACAGAAGACCAAAAUAAAGCCACUUUAGUUGGAUACAUUGAAGAUCUGAAUACAAAGCAGUCUCUUGAAUGACCUUUCCAGAGUGAAAUGUUAUUCCUCACAUGCACCUAACAGCAGGAAGCUGCCAUAUACACAGUUCCCCUUCAUGUCACUGUGGAGUUAUGAACUCCAAGAUAAAGGGCAGAUCCUUUUCUCCGAAAGAAAAAUAAUCUGCGAGCUGGAGAUUGGGAUGCAGACAAAAAGCAUGUUUUGGUGACCAAAAUAGCAGAAGAGGAAGAGCAACGUCUGGAAAAGAAGAAAAAGGAGUAAUAGAGAAAUGCAAAAAGAAAAGAGUGGACUGUUUCUCAGCCCUGUUUGCAAGAAUUCCAAAAGAGCACAACAAACUUGUGCAAUUUUCGUGGCAGCUGUCCAUGGGAACUCAUCCAAGGCACAUAUGAGGUGACCCUCCCAGGAGGUUCUGUUAGUUUGAGAAUAAUACUUCAUGAAAACCAAAGAAGAGCACACUUUUUCAGUCAAAUUCUGGCUGACAACAGGACAACACGAGGAAGGAUUAUUGCUGAAAACGGAAGCCCCGACUGGGAAUGCUGAGCUACUCCUUUCCUUGUCCCUUUCCGUGGGUUUUCUUGCAUUUUCAAACAUAUUCACUGCUUCAGUGAGGACUAAUACUUCCAUCUUCCAACUGCCGUGACAGUUUCUUCUUAUCAGGGGAGAAGAUUGAGCUGACUGGAACGAAACACUCGCACAUCGCCCUGUCGAGGGCUUUUGUUUUUGCUGCAAGCGGCAGCAUUUUACUUUGAGUAUAGCAAUGGAAACGGAGAAGGGACGUACGUCGAUUAGGAGGGGACUGAGCUGUCCAGGAGAAUUGAGAAAACCUCUGCAAGCAACACACAACACGCACACUCCUGGGACAGAGUGCAAUGCAUCAUGGGAGACGGCAGGAUUCAACAAAGAACAGAUGAGCCGGAAAACAAAUCUGACGAGGAGUGCCAGUUUAUCCGAGAAGGAGCUGAAGGAGGCUCGUGUCAGAAGUCAUAUCAUUGCUGCUCAGCUCAACGUCCCCUCCAACUCGAGCUCCCGAGGCGUGCAGCUCUUCAACCGGCGCAAGCAAAGGGUCAGCGCCUUUACCCUGGAAAGCUGUGGAGAGGGGUCAGGGAGGGACGGAGCUGAGAAUGCAGACGGUUCAUCUAACAAGCUAAAAUGGGCAGAGAGGAGCACUGAGGAAAAGGAUCAAGACUUGAACUUAAAGAAUAGUGCUGCUAAGCCACUAUUGUCACCCCCUGGGAGGGUACAUUCGGUAGGUGAUAUCAUGGAGGAUCGAGGUAAGGAUUUUCACAAGAGCGACGAGGUGGAGGACAUUGUUAUCCAAGAGAGACAUUUCCUCCCUGUUAAGGAGGAGCAGGAGGAAGAAGAGGUGGAAAAGGAUCAAAUCCAUGAGGACAAAUUCAAGGAUGAUAAUCCCAGUAGAAGUAAUAAUACUGAUCCAGUGCUGAUGCGACAUGACGAAGGGGAGGCAGACACACAUGGGGGCCACACAGGGUCAGCUCCUGCAGGAAAGCUUAAUAACGGCUGCCGGAGCACCUCUGGAACGGAGAGGGUUUCUGUGCCCACAUCCAAACAGACGAGCACCAUCAUCAAUCGAACUGCCAGGCCAUUUUUCUCGCCACUGACAGUGCAGUCCCCGGAGGCGGUAAACCCUGUCAUGGAAAUCCCCCCGCCGCCUUCCUAUGCCACUCCUCCUCUCCCGGCUUCCUCUGCCCCUCAACCGUUGGCGUUGUCACCUCCACCUCCGCCUCCGUCAUAUCCCACACCUCCACUACCGACCUUUGCAAACCCACCUCAGCAGAGCUACUACUCCAGUCUGUCUCCAGUGUCUCCAGUUAUGUCUCCCUCCUUUGACCCACCACCACAGUUCCCUGUGUCUUCUGUGUCUCAGUACCCGCCCAUGCCGCAUUACGGGCCCCCAACCGCCCCGGCGUCCUCCACCUUUUUUCAGCAGCCUAGUGGAGAGAGGAAAUUAAUGCCACACAUAAAAACGGGAAUACUUGAAGAGGGGGCUGUGCGAAGGGGAAGUAGGAAGUCGAUGUUCACAUUCAAAGAGAAGACGGUGUUAGCGCCAAACCCUGAGCUGCUCUCUCUGGUGCAAGGGGUGGAUGAAAGAAAGAAACAUGGACAUAGAUCUGUGCCUGAGCCAGCAUCCGAAGAAGAGUUGCUGGCGCUGGGGGCUGAGGCCUCCAACUUCCUCGCCAAGGAAGAGGACAGGGUCGACGAGACAAGAGCUCCCGAGUGGGCAUCCUGCCUCAAGACCUCCAAGACCCACCCGAGGGCAGAGCACAGGCCGGAGCAGAACCUCAGCAAUGUGUCAGGAAAGGGGGCUGAGCUGUUUGCCAAGCGUCAGUCCAGGAUGGAGAAAUACGUUGUUGAGAAGCAAAAUGCGGGACAUAUGAGGUCUCCUUCUCCCACAAUGUCUCUGCCACCGUCUUGGGUAUACCCGUCAAACAUGCCUGGUAGGGUCAAGGCCAUUGCUAAAAACUCAGAAAUGAGUGCUCAACUUUCACAAAACCUAAUGACCCAACAAGAAGUCAAGCCAAAGUCCAGACAAAAAGUUCCACCACCGGAGCCAAUUCCGGAGCCCCAUCCUUUGGAAAAUGGUUGCUCCAAACUAGAGAUGGACCUGUCGAAGCACCGGCCCUACCAGCUUUCCUCUUCCCUCUUCAUCCUCAACCCAGUCAAGGACCCCGUUAGCACCCUGCCCAGAGGAGCACCGCAGUCCAAGAACCUGAUGUCUACCCGGUCUUUCUCCAGAACGGCUUCGUUACCUAAUAACCCUGGUUCUCACUUCACUACCCAGUGUAUGUCCCCACAGCUGCCUCUCAGCCCCACAAGAGAACGAGAAGAAUACCGACAGGAACCAGCAUUUGGGGAUCCGAGGAUCAGCUCCCCGGUGGCAGCCUUUUCUCCAGAGCGAGUGUCCUCUCCUCGGUCAGGAUUCCAGGCGCCAAGGCCCACGUUUUCUGCCAAGAAGGCUGGGAUUGCACCACAGACUAAAGACACAUUCCCAGUUGAAUCUCCCAGUGAGACUUCCACGAAGACCAGGACGCCCAGCCUCACCAGACGUUUCAGCAGCCCUGAGGGCCCUGCCACUGGGACCUGGACUCCCAGCCUCCAAACGAAUCGUCCCUCCACCAACAUCUUUAGCCGCCCAGUUCCUUCCCCUGUAUCCUCUCCCAGGGGUACAAGAUGCCAAUCCCCUAUGGCCAGUCGGGAUAUCCAGUCAUCCAAAGUGACCUCCACUACAACAUCCAAGCCCUCUCAAUCAUUCACAGCCACCUCCCCACGCUCUCCCCCUUGGGGUUCAGGAUGCCAGUCCACGAUGGUGAGCCAGAAUAACCUGUCCUCCAGCAUCUCCUCCAAUCCUGGUUUCAGACCACCCGAAACGUCUACGACUACUUCCUCUCUUUCUCCUUCUUGGGGUUCAAGAAGCCAGUCCCCAAUGGUGAGCCAGAAUACCAAGUUCUCCACUUUUGCCUCAAUGUCCACAUCCAGACCCUCCCAACCACCUACAGCCACAUCCCCACUAUCUCCUCCUUGGGGAUCCAGAUGCCAGUCCCCAAUGGUAAGCCAAGGUAACCAGUCUUCGAUUGUUUCCUUUGUUCCGUCUUCCAGGCCCACCCAAAUAUCUACCUAUACAACCCCUGUCUCUCCUCCUUGGGGCUCACGUUCCCAGUCUCCUGCACUCUCGCAGACCAGUUUACCCUUCCAGGCCACUAAACCUUUGUACACAUCCUCGGCCACCUCACGGAUUUCCCCGUCCAAAGACAGUCGCUGCAUGUCCCCCAUUGUUAAUAAUCCAGACUCUAAAGCCAACCACCGCCUCCUGGCUAAGAACAUCAUCAAUGCAGCCAAACGUAAAAACAGCCCCUCCCCUGGAGCACUGAGCGGUCACAGCCUCCCAAUCUCACCUCUUGGAAGUUCCCACCAUGGCUAUGACUGUCACAAACCACCCAUCAGCCCUUUCCAGUCGCGGGCAUUUGGUGCCCAGUCUCCAACAUUCACCAGCCCCCCUCUGACACCAACGCAGAGGAUCUGCUCCCCUGUGAGGCUCUACAACACUCGCUCCCUCACCGACUCGGACGCCUCCGUCGAGUCGGAAGACUCCGGCCUCCGAUCGCCUGGCUUGCACUCCUACAACACCUGUCCGCGUGGCUGGGGCGGUAGCCUGAGGGUGAAGAGAAGCACCAUCUCCACUGACCUGUGAGGAUGUCACAGAAAGCCAAUUCAAAGCACGAGUUCAGUUUUCAUAGACUUUUGGGGCUUUGGAUCAACCAGAAACAAAAAAAAAUCUAAUGGCAUUUAAUCAGUAUGAGAAGAUAUGUUUCUCUAACUUUGUGUAAGGACCCUGGUCAGUGGUAAAUGUUGUGUCAAGUUAGCAAUAUUAUUUUAUAUGACCCACAUCUAUAGUAAGGACUGACAAGAACAAGGUUUUACAUAACACACUUACUGAAUUGUGUACUCUUUCCUAAUACCAAAAGUCUUAACAUACAGUUACCAAAGAUAUUUAAAUUCACUUCAGUUCAUAUUGUACUACACCUGCACACAAAACAUGUACACUCGUAUUCACAGUUCAAGUUACAUUGUGCUUAAGUUAAUCCGGUUUUAUUGUUAUCGGUGAAUAAUAAUCAUGUUUUCUGGUCUGAUGCAUGUCAAAAUGGGAAAAGGAUUUAAAAGUAGGCUAUGAAGAGACGUAUUGAAAGAGUAUUGUGUGAAUCUAUAGCUCAUUGGACUGUACAGUACUUUGUUUUAAGGCAUUCUCAUUUACAUUAGUAAAGGAUAACAUAUAACCAUAUGGUAAACAAUGCGUUAGAUUAGACUGGGUAAAAGGAAUUUCCAUAUAUUUUUUCCAUGAUAAAAGCACGGUUGUAAAUGGAACACAUGCUAUUCACAUUAUAUCACAGGGUCACAGGCUUCAACACAUUUAAUCCAUUUCAAGCAAUUGGAAAUAAAUGAUGUGCAUUAUUAUAUCUGUGUAGUAAUCAAAACAAUAAGCACUGUUUCGUCAUGUAUGUUAUAUGCUGCUUCAUGUACUGCAUUUGCUAAAACGAAUGUAAACUGUACAGAAUAACGAGAGCAUGAGGUGGAGGAGAAUGGUAAAGUGGUGGUUUGAUGAGGCAUCGAUGCACCUGUUCAAUCAAACACUGUUUCCAUGAUGACAAAGGUUUUAUUGAUAAGGUUUAAACGUUGCCGACAACCAAUUCAAUAUUGGCUGUCAACCUGCAAAUGUUAUGGCAUACUGAUUGUAAUACUCAUAUUGGAGAUUAAUGUUCGUCCAUUUCUUGCUUUUGCGGACCACCUGUAAUGUUAUUCAUGAGAGACAAACUAACAUUUUUGGAGCCUUCACUUAUUAUACAAAGGAUAUUGGUUGGAUGGAGUUCAGGAGCAAGUGUGUAUGUCAGAGAAGGUACAACAAGUUGUAAAAAAAAAGGAUAAAAGUAUGUUUGUUUUGACAUUAUUCUAAGGGUUUGUGAGAAAACAAUGAGAGCAAUGGAUUGUAUUUUAAAUACAUACUUAUCUCUUUUAAAUAUAUUCUCUGUGUGGUCUGAAAUGUCUUUUUGUACUUUAUUUGCACUUAUGUUCAGUCCAUUUUAAUGGCUGGAUUGUUUCGAACUUGAUUUGCUCAAAUGUAUCAUUCAAAAAUAAAACAAGCGAAUACAUAACAAUGAGAACCUUCAUGCGCAAUUAAA